GCUGCAGCAUCUAGGGUUCGUGGUGGAGAGGGGCGCUGUGCCCGGCGCGCUCCCGGUGGCAGUGAACCAGCCAGUGAGAUGAAAAUCAGCUGAAGAGGGAGGGAGGGAGGAGGGAGGGUGCGGAAUUUCUUCCAGCCAUGGGGUUUAGCCCUGCCAGCGCUUGGUGUGCUCGGUUGGCGACACCAUCCUCCGCUGCCUUCAGCAGCAGCAGCAGCAGUGGCAGCGGCAGCGGCAAUAGCAGACGUAAAUCCCUCUCAUCAGGUGGAGAGAGAUCCUUCAGGGACAGGAAAUCAGCAGGAGGAGUGAGAGGAGGAGGAGGAGGAUUGUUCAGCUCCCCUGAUCAAUCUAUCUUUGAGAAGAAGAGCGAGAUCUUGCCAAGGAGGUGGAGGCAUUGUCCGCAUGGGGAGGGAGGAGAUCUAAUGCUGCGUUUGAACGGCACAAGCCAGAUCAGACAGUGGUCGAAGCUGCUAUUACCUUCCAUCAUCGGCUCUCUCAAACAGCAGCAGCAUCUGCUGCAGCAGGAGCAGCAGCAGCAGCAGCAGCAUCACCGGGCGUCGUCUUUGUUCUCUAGGAGUAGGCAGUCUUCGGCGCCAUCCUUGCCGUCAUCAUUCCUUGCCCCCCCGUCAUCUUCCACGUCCUUGGGGUCAUUGAAGGGUCAGCAGCAGUGGAAGGGGUAUCAUGAUGAGGAUGCCUCGAGAGCUUCCUGUCAUCAUGACGGGACCUUCUUCGAGUGUAGGAAAGGUGGGGGGGUGGGUCGAUGGCGAGAAGCUGCUGGCGCGUCACGAACCUAUUGCUCCUGUGAUGAUGGGUGCAGGUGCAGAACGUCCAUCCAUGCCUGUGAGGAUGGGUGGAGGAGGAGAAGGUCGAUGCACAGGUCGGCAAGGUCGGAAACCACCACCACCUCCUCCUCCUCCUGCUCGUCCUCUCCCCUCUCUGUGCAUCGUGAGUCAGCUAUGGCGGCAGUGCCAGGGCGAAUGGCGACAAACGAGGCUCAGCAGACUAUCCAGCGGCCCGUGACGAGGGCGGGAGUAGGGCUACACCAUGGCUACCACAACAUAGUUAGAUUGGUGCCGGCUAUGGCGGGCGAAGGUCGGUACUUUGUGAGAAUGCCGGAGAUGCGGCCACGUGUGUCAUCUCCGCCGCCGCCAGACAAAGAUUUCACGGAGUUGUGGAAGGAAUGGCAGGCAUCGAGAGAAGACCAACGGAGGCCUCUGCAGUCAGGAAGAACAGAGCGGAUGGAUGGCAAGCAGGAGGAGGAGGAGGACGAGGAGAGGUUAGCUGCUACCGUUGACUGUGUGACAGGCACGUUGCUGAGCACCAAUCUCGGAGGAGGCACAUGGAGGGACGCUGGAAUGGGACGAGGAGGAGGGAGGAAGGCCGAGCAUCAUGCCCUCUGUGUGCACACAGUGGAACAUUUGUUAUCUGCCUUAGAGGGUAUGGGUGUGGAUAAUGUACGGAUCGAGAUCGGUUGGGACCGAUCAGCAGGAGCAGCAGCAGUAAGUGGCGGAAAUGACGUGGAGAUUCCUAUUCUGGACGGCUCAGCGAAACCCUGGGUGGAGGCCAUUCGUGAGGCGGGUGUUGCGGUUGCCAAGGACGCCCGCGGCCAUUUUAGGAAAAGAUGGUUGAUCAAGCCUGAAAACCCUGUAAUCGUAUAUGAGGGGGACUCUUUCGUGAUGGCGAUCCCGUCCGCCUCGACCCAAAUUACAUAUGGAAUCGACUUUCCACAGUUACCCGUUGUUGGAAGACAAUGGUUCACUUGGCGGCCGGACGUGAGAGCAGCAGCAAAGCAGGGUGGUGGUCCCAAUGGUGGCUAUGCUUACGGGGGGUAUGAUAGCCACGUGGCACCCGCUCGGACGUUCGGAAUACUGGAGCAGCUAGAAGAGCUGCGCGCCAAGGGGUUGAUCAAGGGCGGGUCCUUAGAGAAUGCGCUUGUGUGCAGCAUGAACAGUGGGUGGGUGAAUCCGCCUCUAAGAUUCGAAAACGAGCCUUGCAGACAUAAGAUGCUUGAUUUGAUUGGAGAUUUGUCGUUAUGUGCACAUGGCGGGAAUCCUGGAUUCCCACUUGCACAUGUUGUGGCGUACAAGGCCAGCCACGCCCUCCACAUCCGGUUCGCAAGAGCUUUGUUAGAGGAAGCGCUACUGAGUUAUAACAUACAGGAGGAGGAGGAGGAGGAGGAGGAGGAGGAAGAAGUUGAGGAGGAGGCGGAGGAGGUGGGGGGGAGUAAUACAGGUCGAAUGACGAUGGACAGUGUAGCGCGAACAUUUGAAGGCGGACUUGAUAAAUGUGAAGCUUGAGAUAUAGCUAGGUGUUGUGUUGCGGCUUCCGGGUGAACACUGAGCUGUGCGGUGGAUUGACUGUUGACGGGAGAAAAGGAGUAAAGAAUGUGGAUUUGU